AUGGUCACAGAAGCAGAAUUUCGAGGAGAGAUAGGAAAACGUGCCGUAAGGGUAGCUAAUUGCUCCGGAGCACAUGGCGACCCCGGAUUUCAGAUGCCCCGACAAUUAGAACUCGGAUCUGUCGAUUUCGUGACUGGAGAUUAUCUGGCCGAAAUGAACCUCGCCGAGAAUGCGACGGCUUACCGGGAAGGCCAACACCCUGGCUACGAACAGACAGCCCUUGACGGUCUUGUGGAGAGCAUCGAUCUCAUCCACAAGACAGGUGCCAAAGUAGUCAUCAACGGAGGUUCUCUAAAUCCAGCUGGACUCGCAGAGAAAUGUCGAGAAUUGAUCUGCUCUCGCGAAUAUAGCCUCAAACUGGCCUAUGUUUCUGGAGACGACCUACUGGAACAAGUCCAGAACGAGCUCAAAUCCGGACCCGACCACAUUCCCGACCACUUAGAUGCGACCAAUGCGCAGGUGAAACUCGACCACUUGACAAAAUCAUUUGUGACUGAUGUUGAACACCGGCAACUCGUCUCAGCGAAUGCAUAUCUUGGAGCUCGCGCCAUUGUCAAGGCUCUGAAGUCUGGCGCCGACAUAGUGAUCUGUGGGAGGGUGGCGGACGCUUCUCCUGUGAUCGGAGCAGCGUGGUACUGGCAUUCUUGGAGCGACACAGACUACGACAGACUUGCCGGUGCUUUGAUAGCCGGCCAUUUGAUUGAGUGCUCCGCCUAUGUCACGGGGGCGAACUACACCGGGUUCGACGAGCUAGACAUGGAUGCUCUGAUCGAUAUUGGGUUUCCCAUCGCCGAGAUUGCGCAUGACGGGACAUGCGUGAUAAGUAAACAUGAAAAAACAAAGGGUCUGGUCUCCAAGGACACCGUCGAGUGCCAGUUCCUAUACGAGCUGCAGGGAACGGCGUACCUUAACAGUGAUGUGACAGCUCUUCUUGAUGACGUUAUGAUCGAACAGUGCAGCCAUAACCGAGUGAGAGUCAGUGGAAUUCGUGGACAGCCACCUCCGUCCACCACGAAGUUAGCCAUAUUCUACCAAGGAGGUUUCCGAUCUGAAUUUCUGCUCAAUGCUACGGGAUACGCCACCGACGAGAAAUGGGACCUUUACGAGGCCCAGAUCAGAUAUGGUGUCGAGCAACGAGGCCUCCAGAAUCAGUUGGACGUACUGGAAUUCCAACGCGUCGGCCGACCCGAGUCCAAUGCGCCUACUCAGUUGCGUAGCACCACAUACAUGCGAGUUUUUGGGCAAGCAGCUGCAAAGGAGACCCUCAUUAAUCUCUACAAAGUCAUCAGAGAGUACGGCAUGCAGCAUUUCUCAGGUGCACAUCGAUCCCUUGAUUUACGAACUGCAUUGCCGCGCCCAUAUGUCGCCUAUUAUCCCGCGAUCGUGCCACAAGACCAGCUCAAAGAGUCUGCUAUCAUUCUUCACGCAGACGGAACCGUCGAAAAGCAGAUUGAUGCUGGGCAUCCGCCAAGCUACCAAGAUAUCCCAGCUCGGAAGAGUUACGGCCCUGUUAGCCAGAUCGAUAUGGACUCGUUAGGCCCAACCACCACAGUCUGUUUGGGGGAUGUUGCUCUCGGCCGAUCUGGUGACAAGGGUGCCAACAUCAACAUUGGUCUCUUUGUACGUGACGAGGGUGCGUGGAGCUGGUUUGCUUCGUUCAUGACCAUUUCUAGAAUGACGCAGCUGAUUGGGGACGAUUGGUCCGACGACUUCUUCAUCGAACGUGUCGAAUUCCCAAACAUCUACGCGGUUCAUUUUGUCAUCUACGGUAUCUUGGGCCGAGGCGUGACCAGCACUGCACGCCUUGACUGUUUGGGGAAAGGAUUUGCAGACUUUAUUCGGGGGAGACAUGUCGAGGUUCCGCUUUCGAUCCUGGAACACGCGAAGAGGUUUCGCUUUGCUCAGAAGAAAAAUGUCUGCUAG